AUGGAUGAAAUUUUAGAAGAACAACAUGCAACACUCUUGGUUGCUUAUACUGUUGCUCUCCAUCUCAAUAACCUACUGGUUGUCACUGCUUCAAUGUUGGAAUUCUACCGCUUAAGAUUGAAAAAUAGAAAGCAAAAGAGAAUGAUAAGUUAUACUUAUGAAAGACAUCUCAUUAGGCAAGUAAAUUUUAGAAGAAUGGUGUUUGAUUCAGAUUUGACAUGUAUGGAGAACAUUAGGAUGAAUAUAGCAGCCUUUUACAAAUUAUGUGAUAUGUCUGAAAGUAUUGGUAGGCUUGCCCCAAUGAAAAAUAUGAACAUUAAAGAAAUGGUUGCCUUGUUUCUCUACAUCAUUUCUCAUCAUGCUAAGAAUAGAAUUGUGAAAAGAGAAUUUGUAAGGAGUGGAGAGACAAUAAGUAGACAGUUUGGUCUUAUCUUACUCUCUAUAUUGAGGUUACAUGAAGAUCUAUUUAAGAAGCCAGAUCUUAAUUAUUUAGGUGCCUUAGAUGGGACAUACAUUAAAGUCAAUGUCCCGGAAGUGGGAAAACCUAGAUACAUGACAAGAAAAGGAGAAAUUGCCACUAAUGUUCUUGGCUUUGCAGCAGAUUCUAGGGUAUUGACAAAUGCAAUUUCUAGGCCAAAUGGAUUAAAAGUUCCUCAAGGUUUUUACUAUCUCUGUGAUGCUGGUUAUACGAAUGAAGAGAGAUUCUUAGUUCCAUAUAGAGGCCAACGUUACCAUUUAAAUGAGUGGAGACAAAACAAUCUCUCUCGAUCACAAGAAGAAUUAUUUAACUACAAACACUCAAGUGCGCGCAAUGUCAUUGAAAUAUGUUUUGGACUUUUGAAAAUGAGAUGGGGAAUACUUAGGGACAGGUCUUGGUAUCCCGUUAAAACACAUUGGCGAAUUAUAAGUGCAUGUGCACUACUACACAAUCAUAUUAGGAGGGAGAUGGCUCUUGAUCCACUGGAGGCAGAAUUGGAUGAGUCAUAUAUGGAUUCUCACCCUAUGUCUGAUGCACAAAGUAUCUAG